AUGGCUUCUCAAAAGGUCACCGCUGCCCUGUCAUCCAUCGAAUCCUUAAACCACCAGCCCACCAAGCUUCAGCAAUACAACGACCUCCUCAAGGACAUUGUGUCAAGCUCCUCCGGCGACGAGCUUGCCCAAGACCUUGUGUACUACCUAGACUCGAUCCUAAACGAAGGCGUCAGCAUUGUCGCAGCUCGCCCUCUCCUCGAUUCCUUCAUCUCCGUCCUCCAAAACUUCGACCCCCAAGUCAAGAUCAAAGCCGGUCAACACGCUGUUACCCUCCUCCAGUCGCGUGCUACAUCGGUAGAGGAACAAGACUCACAGAUUCGCGAGAUCCUUGCAGAGGCAUAUGAGUCACAGGAGGAGUAUACUGCCGCAGCGCGGGCGCUGUCGGGCAUCAACAUUGACAGCUCUCAGCGGCUGGUUUCCGAUGCAGCAAAGGCGCGGCUUUGGAUUCGGAUCGUACGAUACUAUCUAGAGGAUGACGAUACCGCAAAUGCCGAAGGGUUUUUGAAUCGCAUCAAGAACUUGCCAAGCAAACUCGAGGACCACGAUUCCAAGUUGUAUUUCCAGCUGUCUCAGGCCCGGAUUCUCGAUGCCCGCCGGCGAUUCCUGGACGCCGCACAGGAGUACUUCAACGUAAGCUUAGCCCCCGGCGUGGAUGAGGGUGACCGGCUUGCGGCGCUAUCAGCGGCCAUCCGGUGCGCGGUCUUGGCACCCGCAGGCCCGCAGCGCUCUCGCUCUCUCUCACGUCUGUACAAGGAUGAUCGUGCGUCUUUGGUAGACGAGUUCUCCAUUUUGGAGAAGAUGUUCCUCGACCGACUCCUCAACGCGGAUGAAGUUGCUGCAUUCUCUCAGAAGCUUGCACCGCACCAGCUCGCUGUUACCGCGGACGGCACUACUGUUCUUGACAAAGCCGUCAUUGAACACAACCUUGUGGCUGCCAGCAAACUUUACGAGAACAUUAAUGUCGAUGCUCUUGGCGUUAUUCUGGGCCUCCAAUCUUCCGGCGAAUUUUCUGCUGGAGAGAAGGCAGAGGCAUAUGCCGCGAGAAUGGUGGAGCAGGGCCGUCUCCGUGGCCGGAUUGACCAGAUCGAUGGGAUCAUCUCCUUUGACUCGGACUUUGCUGCUGCUUCUGGCACAAACGGUGCCAGUCUGCGGCAAUGGGACCAGGGUGUGCAGGAGCUUGCUGAGGAUGUUGAAAGGGUGGCCGCCAGCAUUACCGACCAGUUUCCAGAUUUCUCUACAAGCCAGAUGGCGCAUUGA